UAGACAAAAAAAACAAAGAAUUUUAUUAAAUUGUAAAUUUAUGCUGUGUGCUUCCCACAAAUAUCAUGGAGGUAGAUAUUCAAAAUAUUGUUACAGAUUCUGAUCAGCCCAAGCCCAAGCCCAAAAUUAAGAAGGAAGUUCGUAAAGUGUUUGUACCUCGUUCCAGGCAAUCAGCAUUAAAAGAGCAAUGGAUGAAAAUCUUUACACCAGUUGUUGACCAGCUUCUACUGCAGAUUAGGUACAACGUAAAAAGCAAACAAGUGGAAAUCCGCCUUGGACCAGAAACGAAGGAGCCGUCCAACUUACAGAAAGGAGCUGAUUUUGUUCGGGCUUUCGUGCUCGGCUUCGAAGUCGAAGAUGCCCUAGCAUUGCUGAGACUCGAUGACCUAUUUGUAGAAUCGUUUGAAGUAAAUGACGUUAAAACGUUGAAAGGGGACCAUUUGAGUCGAGCGAUUGGUCGAUUAGCCGGCAAAGGAGGACGAACUAAAUUUACGUUGGAGAACUCAACUAAAACACGCAUCGUUUUGCAAGACUCCAAGAUACACAUCUUAGGAAAUUACAAAAACAUUCAGCAUGCCAAGCGUGCCGUCAGUCAUCUGAUCCUUGGUUCACCUGCCAGUAAGGUUUAUGGAAACUUGCGGACUGUUUCAAAUAAAAUAUCUGAUCGAAUGUGAUUUUCUUUUGUUUUGUAAUAAAUUAGCUCAAAAUGUAUUAUGUUUAGUUUUAUUUUACCAUUAGAAGAGCUCUCCGCGGGGAUUUGAGUGAAUUGUUUUACUCCUCACAAUUUGUUGAGAAAGAAAUUUACAUCCAUUUCAUGUUAUUACGUUUUGUUUUCGGUGCACAUUAACUUAAAAUCGUUUAAAUUAAUUGGAAUCUUGUAUGACAGUUUGAAGGAAUUGUAUUUUGUAUUCUUUCUGGAUAGAUGGUUGUUUUUACACGCAUUUAAAAUUAAAUUUUAAAAAUAAAGCUUUCCGCCGGUCUGCUGCUGGUACACUUCGAUCGUAUCUCCUUCUUCCAUUUCCAGCGUUGUCGGGGUAUCAUUUUCGUUGAUCGGCUGGCCAUCGAAGCGGAAUCGAACGACCUGCAUGGACAAGCC